CACAAGCACACAUAGUUACAGUUUUGUAUAACCCUUGAGCCAAUUUCCCACGUGACAACUAGCACAUUUCCAACUUCUACAUUUCCAAACAAAAGCAUUGUGUUGUGUGGUGCGGAUACACAUAUAUAAUUCAAGGGGAUUUAUCUAAGCUAUCAGGUUCUGCAAAGUUCAACAGACGACAUGAACACAUCAAAAUAUCCCACGUCUACCAGACACUACUGAACAGGACGACCAGCAUAGUUCAGUAGCACCCACAGCUAUUUUUAUGCAUGGCAACUACACAAUGUUCAGCUGCAACCUGAUGCUCUGUGCCUAGUCACACGUUGUGAGGGUUUUAGGCGGUUAGUGUUGUUCAGACUAACCCAUCCCGCAUUACCCGGGCAUGUCUGGGGAUGAGCUUGUACUCUCCAUGGUCUCCUCCAACCCGGAGCCUCCCAUCUGUAAGGACUGGAUAAUGAAAAUCAGCAAGAAAAAUGUAAAACUGGAGAAAAAGGUGGAUGGGUUAUUAGAGGGAAACUCUGGAGAUGAAUCCGAGGAGGUGGAACCCGAGCCCCCGCCGGUAGCCGCACGAAGAAAGGUGUCGUUUGCGGAUGCCUUUGGUCUGAACCUGGUUUCCGUGAAAGAGUACGACAACCGGGCUUCAUCAGGGCUGGAUGGUAGACAGGGUGAGGAAUACUACAUCUCCUGCCUCUUCAAUAUCCCAGUGUUGCACCAGGACAUGGAGGUGAGACUUCAACAGCAGAAGCUGGAGCUGGAGCGCAUCGAGCUGCUUCCUGGAUCUACCACGAUCCGUGGCAUCGUCCGAGUGCUUAACCUCAGCUUCCACAAGGCCGUCUACGUCCGUGUCACUCUGGACGGCUGGCAGAGCCACUUUGAACUCCUUGCCGAGUACAUGCCCGGGUCCAGCGAUGGUGAGACGGACUGUUUCUCUUUUCAUCUCGUGUUGAUGCCUCCAUUCCAGGUCGAAGGGUUGCGGGUGGAGUUCUGUCUGCGGUACGAAAGUGCUGCUGGAACCUUCUGGGCCAACAAUGGAGGGACAAACUACAUUGUCUUCUGCUAUCAAAGACGAAGGAGCGACCUGAAAGAGAAAGAGAGUGAAAAAGAGAAGAUGGUAGAGGAGAGUAACCAAAAAGGUAUCAGGAGCUGCCUUAAAACAAUCAGUAAAAAGACCUACACGGAGGUGACACCUGCAGAGGCGAGUGGUGAGAUCUCAGAACAAGUCACACCCAAGGCCGGGCAUACUAGUGAGAACAAACCAGAGAAAGAAGCGGGAAUCAAUUCCUGCAAAUCCCUUAAGGACUGCUGCAAAACUCUGGUGGAUCGUCGUAGGAAACGCCGAGCUGUUCGUUUGGCAAAUGCGCAGGACUACUUUGAUCAAAAAGAAAUGGAAGCCCAGAUGGGAGGUAAUUCCAGCCCAGAUGAAAGUACCACAUCCACCCCAAGGCUGAGUAUACCAAGUAGAACCAAAUUGCCGGUUGUCCACAGCCGACAAGGAUACGGUAUGGACACGCCACCGAUACUGAUGUACCACCAGAUCCCUUUGCUUUCCCUGGAUUGGGGCAGUACCACAACAACACCUCCCCAAGCAAACCCUCCAGAUGCCUGCAGUGAAACAAGCCAUCAGGUUGAAGAUCACCAAGCCAUAUCGGCUUCUGAGGCCUGGGAAGCUUUUCUUAACAGCACUGAUACGCAGGAACAAGUAUGUGUUCCUCCAGAGUCCGAAGCUGUUGUCCCGACAGAGGACGAGAGAGCUGAGAAAGACCACAGUCAAGAGUCCGCUGGCAGGAAAGCAAUGGAAACUAUAAAAUCUGAUCCCGUAGAGCCAUCAAAGGAUCUGAGCACGAGUCCUUCUAGAGAUCAGGAACUAGAGAAAGAGCCAAGGGUCACUACCCUGCCAUGUUCAGCCCAGGGAUCAGAGCCAGAGAGGGCGGGAAGUGAGUUAGAGACAUCUCGUGACCACCAAGCCCCACAUCACGAACACACAAGCGGAUCUCAGAGUCAAGACACGACCAAAGCAAACCCAGGGGAUGAAACUCGAACCGCGCGUGACACCGAGACUCAGAAUUCAGAAGCCGAAGAUGGAAUCUCACCUGAAGAAUGCACGGGCAGCUCCGACACCUUAAAGGUUAAAGAAAACACACACAGAGCGGUCAAAGACACCCUGACAUUUACGGGGAUCGGGGACGUGCCGCUCACAAAUAGACAGGCCGAGGGAUCUUCAGAAAAGGAGAAUAAAAAUAAAGACGAUAGCGAGGAGCAGGUGGAAAUGAGGGCGUUUUGUAGAGAACUACAUGAAGGCAGUAGAAAAGGACAAGAUGAGACAUCUACGGAUCACAGCGCAGAAAUACAGAGCGUUUCAUCGUGCGAGAGCGAGGCAUUUAUUGAGAACGAAUUAUGCACGUCGAACAAGAGUUUUAACAAAGACAAUUCAGAGCUACUGGAAAAAGAAGAGAGGCGGUUUGAGGCAAACGAAGGACUUAAAUUGAAGGAGCGAAUGAAUGAGAUGACUGCUGGUGCUGAAGAGGAUGAAAUGCAUUCAGAAACCAAACGAGAGCUUGUAGAGGACUCCCAAGUAGAUGGAGGAGGGAAAGAGUUUGAGAUUCACGCUACCAAACUUGCACCCAGCCACGUACCUAUCUAUCCAAAAGUUAGCACUGACACAUCCAAGCACAUCCAUCGGACAACUUCAUCUGUCACGUCUGCAGAGGAGGACUUUGAGCUUGGGAAGACUCUUAGAAACUUUCAAGAACCCCAGCGAUUGGACGGAGAGGAUGAACUCUCCACGCCGCUACCCAGCAUUCACCUGUCCUGUGUGGAUGGCAAUGGCUGUAUGCUGUUGAGAGAAUUCUGCUCGCUGGGUCACACGACCAAGGCUCUUGUUUAUGCUAUUCUGUUUGUGAUCUUCAUAGCGGCGUAUCUCUACAACCUGACGACCUGCAUGGCCCUCUAUCUGUUUUCGUUGUUCUGGUGGUGCAGCCAGGGCAUGAAGCAGCGUCUGGACGUGGAUGUCGAUGUGGACUGAGACCAGACAGAACGUUCUUGAAAGUUUCUGAGAAAGUUUUUGUCAAAUUAUGUGUGACUCUGAAAUGAAAAGUUACAGAAAGUGAUUCUACGGGCCCAAAAUCACUUGACAAAGUUAGAUUUAGGAGGCAUUUUUGUUUGUUCCCUUCUUCUCACUUGUGUUCCCAAUAAAAGUCCCAUUUUAAACAGGUGUCUUUUAAAUAUAAUACUAAACCUAAACAAAUAAAUACUUUUACUUUUAGUUUUUUAAUUAGUCUUGUUUUCCAGUAAAAAUAUAAAGAAAUCCUUAAAGAAAGAUAGAUUACUUCACAAGCAACAGUGAAUAAGAUAUGAAGACUUAUUCUGAUUUUCCUAUAGUGCAUUGUGUAUAUGUGUCAAAUUAGAAAAAAAAAACUGACAAAAUACGUUGAUAUUAAAAACAGAAUCUGUUAAAAUUUCAUGAAUUGUUGCUUCUUAAGUAAAUGUAUCUUCUUUUAAGGAUUUUUUUUUAUUUUCUAGUUUUAGGGGUUUUUUUGCUUUGUUUUACAUUUUGUUUAGUGUUUGUUUUGUGUUGCUUUGAGUUUUUUGUUUGUGGGUCUUGUUUAUUUGCUGUUGUUGAUUUGUGUUGUUUUGGGGGUUUUCUUUUUUUGUUUUUACAUUUUGUUUAUUUUUUGUGUUGCUUUGAGUUUUUUAUUUGGACAUUUUUAUUUGUUUUGUUUUUCUAAGUUUUUUUUGUGUUUUUUGUUUCUUGGUUUGUUUUAUUUUGUUUUGUGUUGCUUUUUUAUUUGGCCAUUUUUUAUUUGUUUUGGAUUUUUGGUUUUGUUUUGGGUCUUGUUUUGUUUUGUUUUAACGUCAUUUUUUUUUAGUUUUGGGUAUUGUUUUGUUUUGAAUUUUGUUUUGGGCCCUAUUUUUUGUUUUUUUUUUGUUGUUGUUGUUUUACUUUUUCUGUCUGGACACAUUAAAAUGGGAGACCAUUUAAUCUUUUUUUUUUCUUUUUUUUUUCAUAUUUAAUGUUAACUUUUAUAUUUUACCUGGAAAAGUUAACCCCUUUUUUGUUUUUAACAAAUUCAUACCUAAGCACAGCUUAUAACAGUAGCAUUUCAUCAUAAGCCUUUGUAUCAAAAAGUGAAACAUUAUUCAAUAUUUUGACUGGUACUGUACCUUUAUGUAAUGUUUGACUAGGUUCAUAUAAAGGUGUACUGAAUGCCCUAUGUAGCCCGUGAGGACACAGCUGCAUUUCAUGUCUCUUUGGGGAUGUGUGUGAUGGACGUGACAUUUACUGCAAAUCCCAUCAUGUGUCUGUUCCCAAAAGAGAGACAGAGAGACGAGGGCCUGAGAAACGACAGUGCUUCUCGACCCUCUGAUCUGUGAACAUAACUCUAUGCAAUUCAUACCUGUUAGCCUUAAAGUCAUAGUUUAUGCACAAGUGAAAAUUCCCCUCAUUUGCUCACCCUCAUGUCUGCAGAAACACAAAAUGAGUUUUCAUGAUCUUCUCCACGCAAUUGGAAGACUAAAGCUUUAAAAAGCCAUUAAAACAUCAUAAAGCAUCGUAAAAGUAGUUCAUAUGUGAAUACGGCACAAUCUAUAACAAGCCUAAUUUACAUAAAAACAUGGUGUGUCUGGGCUCAAAAGAAAGGCACGAUUUUUACGCCUCGUUGAACUGAAUUAUGGGUGUUUAGUGAGUAAGACGCAUCAUUUUGAGCUAAAAUACGACACAUAAAACUGUUCAUUGAAUUUGCCAGUGUGUUGGACAAAUGCAUGAUCUCUGUUUAUAUGUGAGUGUUGUAAUAGAGAUGUGUGUGUGUCGCUGUGGUCAUAUGAUCCAGUCUACUAUCACUCUGACCUUUCGGUGUCUAGCUGCUAACCUCACGUCCAACUCGAGCUGCUCAUCUGUACAGAAAGAGCACACAUUCACGGUUUUACUUUUCUUAAUACCUCUCUUCAAAACAACAUUUACUGUACACUUAUGUAACUAGUCUUAAGAACACUAAAAUCCCCAAAAAAAGGAAGCUAAGAAUUAUAUUUUUAUUUAUUCACACAUAAAGCAUAAGGCUGAAUAAGGCUAAAAAUAUUACGGUGAACUCCAAAAAUAUUUGUCAGCAUAGAUGUCAACAUUGAACCAAACUGGUUUAUGCCGGUUAGAGCCGGUUUGGGGACUGUGACAGCAGAAACAUGAUACUGUAUUACCAUCCAAGGACAUUCAAAGGGCAUCUAAACUUCUCAAAUGUGUUUUUAAACUUGUCUGUAGCUAAUAAUGUCUUGCAUUUUUACAUGCUGUCCUUCUAUGCAAUUUCAUGUAUUUACAUUGCAUACAGUGUUUAAGUGUUUGCAGAUGAUCCAAGCAUUCACACAUGGUAUUUUAUGUCAGUCUGCAGGAAAAAAUGAAAGAAAUGCUUCAAAUAAAUUGACCACUAAACACUGGCAUAAAAACAACUCAAGUGAAUAAAUAAUAGUCACCCAAAGCAAAUAUUCCAGAGC